AUGCAAGUAGAACACAAAACUGCGUUGGUUACCGGAGGAGCAGACGGAAUAGGCUUCGCCUGUGCGAAAGAACUUUUACGAAAUGGAGCUGCGCAUGUGGCAAUUCUUGACUUGGCGACGUCCCCUGGCGUGGAAUCGGUCCGUAAAUUGAACACCGAAUUCGGUGAAGGACGAGGGAUCUUCGUAGUCUGUGAUGUCACAAAGGACAGUGAAUUCGAAGCUGCGUUCGCCAAAACCUUCGAGGAAUUCGGUGGACUGGAUAUCGUGGUCAACAACGCUGGUAUAGCGAACGAAUCCAUGUGGGAAUCGAUGAUCGACGUUAAUCUAAAGGGCGUCGUGAGGGGAACGAUUCUGGGUCUUCGGCACCUUGGAAAGGACAACGGUGGAAAAGGUGGCAUCAUCGUCAACACCGCAUCUAUCUUUGGCUUGGAGCCUUCAGCCUGGUCUCCAGUUUACAGCGCGGUCAAACAUGGCGUGGUUGGCUUGAGUCGAUCGUUCGGUGCAACUUACCACUACGAAAAAACUGGCGUCCGAGUGAUGACGAUUUGCCCAUCAUUCACACGGACGAACUUUGUAGUCGAUGGUGGUAGCGACUUUGGUCCAUUCGUCGACCGAGGAUUGGCUAUGAAGGACAUCAUGCAACAACCACUGCAAAAGCCGGAGAUCGUCGGUGAAGCUUUGGUGGAAAUCAUUGAAAGAGGUGAGAGUGGCAGCGUCUGGAUAUCGGAGAACAGCGAGCCGGUCUGCGAAGUUCUCAUCCCCAAACGCUUCGAACUGAUAGCUUCUUCCAGAAUGCAAAACUAG